GUGCGACUCUUCAUCUGACGACAGCAUCACGAGACUAUCCGAUCAUUUGCACCUAGACCCGCCGUUGAGCUAGCGAUAUUCUUCUAUGCCUCCUUCCAAGUAAACCUAGUUUCCAGUUCUAGCCACGGAGCCUAGCUGCUUAGUGAUAGUAACAACUACGGCGCCGUGUCUAGUGUCAGGAUGGCUAGUCAAAUCCAAGUGGCGGGAUUGCAAGGGCAGGAAGACUGGGAGGAGGAGUACCGGCCGUUGCCGCUUCUCUUCGUGUGCUCGCUAGCGACGUGGACGGUGCUCUUUGGAGUGUGGAUUUGGAACACGUGGACGAAGCGCCACUGGCAGACGAGCUACCUUCAAUGGGCCCUUGCUCUCGUACCAGCGCUCAAGUGCGUCGUCCUCGGCCUCUCCUUCUUCUUCUGGCACUGGUGCUUGCACUUCGACACGUGCUCCUUCUGGGUCGCGUUCGGCGUGUUCGUCUCGCGAAUCUUCUUCGAAACCACGUGCUUCAUCAUGUUCCUGCUCAUCGCGCACGGCCUGGGCAUCACGCAGGAUUCGUUAUCCAUGGCACAGAGGCGUUCUAUAGCGGGUCUCAGCGGCAUGCUCUACAUCUCCAUUACCGCGUACAAGGCGGCCCUUCCGCAUUUCCAGAUCAUUCUAGCGGGCGUCUACACUCUUCUGCUGUACGCCAUAUUUUCAAACGUUGCGCGGAGAAUGGGUGCGCUGCAGGAGCAGCUGCGCCAGGCGGAGGCGGAGGGCGCGGCGGUGGAGGGGGGCGCGGGGAGCGCGCUGUACCCUGCGCUGCUGCACCGCCUGGCGCUGUUCCGCAGCUUCCAGGGCGCCAUGCUGGCCAUCGUGCUCAUCGAAAUACUCCUUCAAACCAAGUCGGACGUGCUGGGCCCGUACUGGGUGCGGCUGCAACUGAGGGAGGUGGCGGAGGUCGCCGUGUUCCUUUUCAUCGGGUGGACGUUCCGGUCGCGGCUGAUGGCGCCCAUCUUCAUGCUCCUGCCCGCCGAGCAGCACCCCCUCCCGCCCAUUCACCGCGUCGACAUGGACGACAAGGGCUUUCAACGGCUGAGAUCAAAGGACUGGACCAUCGGCAUCUGCACCACCACCUUCUCGUCCUCCGAUUCAGCCGCUGCUGGCGGCGCUGGCUUCGCGUGUAACGCAGGAGCGCCCAUGGUGGUGGUGGUCCAAAACCCCCAAGCCGCCUCGCCCUCCAUGUCCCCUGCCCUCCACCCCAUCUCCAUGCCGCCCUCACUCACCCCCUCCCCCAUUCGCCCGCCCGUUGGAGCUUCCCCACUUGGUGCCUCCUCAUCUCCUCUACCUCCGCCCCUGGUGCCGCUGUCGCUCUCGUCGCCCCUCCUCUCCCCGAACUCCAGACAGCCCAUGGAGGUGCCUGUGCCCCUCAGCCUUCCCUUGGGCCUCUCCAUACCCUCACCGCCGCCUGCCUCGCUACAUGUACCAGUGCAUGUGCACGUGCCUGUGCCUGUGCCUGUGCAUAUGGCCAUGGCAAUGCCUGCCCUGCCGAGGGUGCAGAACCCACUGAUGCCUCAACAACCACAGGAGAUGGGAGAGCAUGGCACACAUCAACAAGGACAGGCGCUAUAGCAGCUACCAAGGCAGCAGCAGCACUAGCAGCAGCAGGCUCCAGAGAGAAUAGUUUAUGGGCCAGCAGAGGGUAUAGUACCUAAUUGGUUCAUUUAUUCCAUUUAACAGCAACCUCGACAGCAGCUACAGCAGGUGUAGGCGUUGAAGCUUAGUGGUAGAGUAAUUUGCUGACUUGAUCAGCCCGUAAGCAGCUGGUAGGGAGGUGCACAUAGCUAUGUGUAGUUGCUGCACUACUUGUGCAGCCUAGCACACUGUAGUUGAGGGACAUACAGUUGGCUUUAACGCAACUGCGCCUAACACGAUCCGACUUGUAGGAACAGACCAUAUGUCAGAAUUGUUCCGUAUUUACCCGGCUGAAACGUUUCCUGUAAUUGAAGCCUCA